GUGCUUCCACUCAACACUCGAAUACAUUCAUACACGAAAAUUGCGUAUCUGUUUCAUGACAACGAAAGUCACGAUAGGGAACCGGAUAGCAGCACUGAACUUUUGUCUAUCCGCAUGAUAGCAAUAACAGCAACAUCAAAAAGUACGGCGUUGGCGAGCUCAUUCCUCGCCGCCUCAACAGGCGGGUUUUUCUUCAUCAUUCCGUUAUCUGGGGAAUUUUUCCGCAUUGCCACUGCAUUAUAUCAACCCGUCCAAGAAGACGGCCGUUCUAUCUUAAGAUCUCGAACGCUAUUCAUUCAUCUCCGUUACGGGGCACCAGUUCGAAUCUCCCGCCCUGACCAAUUUUCCACUUUUCCCUCCUAA